AUGGGAGAUAGUCUCGUAACAGAUAUGACGGCUCCCGUGGGCAAGGCAGAGGCUUCGCGCGAUGGUUCGACCUCCUCUAUCGGAUCGUCGCCCGAACCUGGUCUGGCGGAGACAUAUACCCAGGAAGAGCCCCAGCAGCAGAAGCGCAAAGGUGGCCGUAAACCUAUUUAUGCCACCUCAGAAGAGCGCAAGCAGCGCAAUAGACAGGCGCAAGCCGCCUUUCGUGAGCGACGGACAGAGUAUAUCAAGCAGCUCGAGAGCACCAUAAAGCACCAUGAGGAUACCCUGCAGAACCUGCAGAACAGUCACCGCAACGCCGCCGACGAGUGCCUUAUGCUCCGGUAUAAGAAUUCUCUACUCGAGAGGAUUCUGCUAGAGAAAGGUAUCGACGUCCAGGCCGAGCUGCGCGCGAAGACUGGCAGUCCAAACCUGGGGCCGACCAGAGCCCCAGCCUCUGCACAUACCUCGCCAAACCAGGCGCCUCUCCAACAACGUGCUAUAUUGAACAGACAACAACAGAGGCGGUCGCUGCAAGGCCCGCCCAAGGUUGAUAGUCUAAAUGGCUUGCCCAUGAUACAGCCGGAUGGGCCGAUUCAGCGUUCACCACUGUCGCAACCCACUCCUGGUUCACAUAUGUCGUCGCCUGCUCAAUCAGCAACGCGCUCGCCGAGCUUCAUACCUCACGGUCAAUCAGUGUCUCCCAACUUUGGGCCCAUUCCUCCACAGCAGCAGCAGCAGCAACAGCAGCAACAGCCGCUGCGGCCACAACCACCUAGAUCAAACUUCACUCCUAUGAUGAAUGCUCAGCGACCUUCUCCGCUUGUAACAAACCAGCCUGUCUCGAAUGGCAUGACAAGCGCGUCCACCGUUGGCAGCAACGGAAACGGCAUAACUCAGAGCAGUGGUCCUUCGUCUUUCUACCAGACUCAAUUCACAGACCAUAUGAGUCAACUCGAGCAGGAGUACGAGGAACAAGCCGACUCCUACAACGACCAUGACGACCCGAGCGACCACUCUGCUGGCCCCGGCCCGUUCCCGCAGCAGAGCUUCCCCCCUUCGAACAACAUGCCACCGCCGAUGCCGCCGUCGCAGAACCCUCCCUUUACGAGCCCAGCAGCUUUAGCCCCCAACGACGGGGGCCACAACUUCAAUGGCAUGGGCAACAACCACCUUUUCGACCCGUACGACCCGAUGCUCGACGCCGACCCCUUCGGACUUUCGGCCAGCAUGCACUUCCCCACGAUGUAUGAGAGUAGAUGA